UCUUCAUUCUACUUCCCAUUUCAAAAACCCUUUCUAACUUCAAUAUCUCAACCAUGAAGAUCACAACCUUGCUGAUUGUCCUCUCUGCUCUUCUCAUGAUCUGGGUGGCGGCUCUGCAAGCCAACGCCGCCAUGACUGAUCGCAGACUUCAACGUGAGGCCAACCUAGGUCGCAAGGCUGAUGUUGGUGCAGCUACUGAUGCCAACAGCGCUGCGACAGUAGUAACCAGUAGUACUGAUGGUGCUGCUGAUGAUGAUACGAACCCGAAUCCUGGCAAGUACGCACCUAGUUCUGAUACUUUUACUCACCGCAAAUAUCCGGAUGACCAAAACCCUAACCCUAAAAAUUAAUUAGUACCCAUAAGAUAGACGAGGAAUAAAGUGGAACAAGUAUCAAAAACAAGUAUACACUUAUGUUUGGUUCCACGAGUAAUGGUUAUGCAAAUCUAUGGCUUGUACGUUGUAUGUGAAAAAUUAAUAUAUAUGGUUUGGUACCUUGCCGUCUUAUGUAUGAUAGAGUAUAAAAUUGUGAUUUGUUU